AGUAAGCUUUCACCACACCCACACCCCAAAAUCUCUCUCAAAGCUUGAAACUUUAAGCCUUUUGGUCCCAACCCAUUUCCCAAGGGCGCGGUUUCCACCGGUUCUAGCCGGGAAAAGCUGACUUGGGUCGCCGGAGAGUUGAACCACCACCAUGGACGUUGACUUGUGGGCUUCCAGGGUUCACGCAGCUAAGAGCCUCUCUGCUGCUCAUGCUGCAAGGCUUCACUAUGAUAAUCAUAUGGGUUUGGAAGAUUCUGAAGGAGAUGACGACACAAAAUCGUGUUUUCCAUGCCCUUUCUGUUAUGUGGAUAUUGAAGUCCCAGUGCUUUGCAGCCACUUGGAGGAAGAACACUGCUUUGACUUUAAAAAUGCAGUUUGUCCUUUGUGCGCUGCGAAUCUGGGGAAAGAUGUAAUUGGACAUUUUAUGGUGCACCAUGGAAGCUCCUUCAAGCACAGGAGAAAAUCUCAAAAAUCCGGUUUGUGGACUGGUAGUUCAGCAAUGCUGGGGAAGGCACUGCUUAAACAUGGAAGGACAUAUGCACAGGAAACUGCACCUGAUCCUCUCCUCUCACCAUUUAUCUGCAAUAUAUCAUUUUCAGACCCUACAGGUAUCCCCGAAGAUGUUUGUUCAGAUAUUGAUUCCCCUAUCACUUCCGGCAUGAAAAGCACCGAUCCAUCUCCCCCAGAUGAAGCUUGUGAAAAGGAUAAAGAAGAGAGAAGGCAGAGGGCGGCAUUCGUGCAAGGGCUGAUUGCAUCAACCAUAUUCUUGGACAUAUGAACUCAUCGGAAUACAAAGCUUUCUGGAGGAAGCCGAAGACUGAUCGUAGUCGCCAAGGACGGUGUAUCAUCAGGCACUCUCAGCAUACACAGUGGAGCAAGGUUUUAGGAAGUAAGAUAGUUUCUAUAUUAGGUAAGUAAGUUAAAAGAGAAGUUGUCUUUGAGAUGGACAGUAUUUGUCUGCAGCAAGGCAAUAUGUAUACAACCUCGUAUACAAUCUGUCGUUAAAUGUCUAUUUAUAUUUAAACAGCCUGUUUCAAAGGCAGACUUUCUAUAAUUAGCAGAGUACGGCAUGUUUAGUGAACAUAUUAUCUUUACUAAUCUAUAUACGAGUACCAAAUUUACACC